UUCUCUUAUAAAAUUUCGGCCUGAAUCAUCGGAAUAUUUUCCGAAACAACAGGGGACGCACUCCGCAGCAUUCUGCACCUCACCUCCACCUCCACCUCCACCUCCAAACCCAAAAAAACUCCUCAGCUCCUUCUCCCGUACCCACAUUCCCUUUCACACGAUGAAAAACAAACAAAGACGGGUUUUUGCUACUCUCCACCUUAUCUUGUUCACCCUAUUGCUUGCCGGAACUUUCCUACGAUCUGCCGGCAACGAAGGCGAAACCGCAGCCAUGGCCGAUCUGGUAAAGAGCCUGAGCAAUGCUCCAGAGGAUUGGAAACCUGGUUCUGAUCCGUGCUCCCCGAAAUGGAGCGGCGUCUCUUGCUCCGGCGGCCGCAUCACGGGCAUCAACCUCCGAGGCAGCGGCAUCGCCGGAACGCUCCCAUCCUCUCUCUCUUCGCUCAGCAGUCUGCAAUCUCUGUUUCUCUCCAGUAACCAACUCUCCGGCCCACUCCCUUCGCUCGGGGGGCUCGCCGCCCUCGAAAUCGUCUCUCUCGAUGCCAACCUUUUUUCUUCCGUGCCCUCAGACUUCUUCUCCGGCCUCGCUAGCCUCCAGAAGCUCUCCAUCAACGACAAUCCCUUCUCCCCCUGGCAACUCCCGGCCUCCAUGGCCGAUUGUCCCCUCACCUCCUUCUCCGCCUCCAAUGCCUCCGUUUUCGGCUCCCUCCCCGACUUCUUCGACCGCCUUUCAUCUCUCCAAGUCCUCCGUCUCUCCUACAACAACCUCUCCGGUUCUCUCCCUGCUUCCCUAUCCCUAUCCCAGAUCCGCAACUUCAUCCUCAAUAACCAGCAAGGUUCCAAGCUCUCCGGCCGCAUCGAUGUUAUAGGCCAGAUGAGCCAGCUUUCUCUUCUCUGGCUACAAUCCAAUGCUUUCUCAGGGCCCAUUCCCGAUCUCUCCAAUCUCACCUCCCUCAAAUCCUUCAACCUCCGCGACAACACUCUCACCGGCAUCGUUCCCAACUCUCUCAUUGCCGCAACCUCUCUUCAAAACGUCUCCUUGUCGAACAAUCAUCUCCAAGGCCCGAAGCCCAAGUUCGCACCUGCAGUCUCCGCGGACAUUGAUAAGGGAAACAGCUUCUGCCUCCCGGAGUCCGCUGAUUGUGACAUCAAGGUGAUGAAGCUGCUCGCUGUGGCAGCCGGGUUCGGCUACCCUGUUCUGCUCGCAAGUUCAUGGACCGGGAACGAUCCAUGUGGCGGCGGGGGAGGAUGGUUUGGUGUGAUUUGUGAUCAGCAGGGGAACAUUGUGACGCUUAAUUUUGCAAACCAGCAUUUUGAGGGGUUUAUUGCUCCGGAGAUCGCUAAUAUCUCUUCCCUGACAAAGGUGAUAUUGAACAACAAUAGUCUCACCGGAGUCAUUCCGAAUUCUCUCACCACUUUGCAGCAGCUGCAACUCCUUGAUGUUUCUUUUAACCAACUCACUGGUUCUGUGCCUAGCUUUGCACCCACAGUGAGAGUGGUGAAAGCUGGCAACAAUUUUGGUUCUGCUUCUGGUUCUGGUUCUUCAGGAGGAGGGGACUCUGAUGGAUCUGCUUCUGGUGGGGCUCCGAGUUCUAAUCCUACUUCUUCUUCUUCCUCUUCUUCUUCUGGAGUUCAGAAUGGUCAAUCCCAUUCUUCUACAGAGUUCAUUGUGGGAAUGGUAGUGGCUGUUUUAUUUCUUAUAGGAUGCUUAUCUGGUCUUCUUUACUACCUUCAUGGCUGCAAAAAAAAGCAGAAAUUCAAGAGAGUGAGAAUGGCGGCCCCUCCUGAUCGGCUGGAGCAAGCUAAGGUUGGGGUGAUUGGUUUCAAUGGCAAUGGCACUGUUACAAGCGAGCUUAACACACAGAGCAGUGAUGGCAACAGCUCUGAUACAACACUUCAGAGGGAAAAUACUGAGAACUUAAUCUCAAUUCAGGAUCUUUGGAAGGCAACAAAUAAUUUCAGUAAAGAUUUUAUUUUGGGUAGUGGUGGAUUUGGAGUUGUUUACAGAGGAGUUUUAAGCAAUGGGAUGGUUGUUGCUGUCAAAAGGUGUGUGCUUGAUUUGUUGAGCAUGAAAGGUGUGGCAGAGUUCAAGGCAGAAAUUGGCCUUAUUGGGAAGGCGAAGCAUAAACAUCUGGUUUCCCUUAUAGGUUAUUGUGAGCAUGAGAAUGAGAGGCUGCUGGUUUACGAGUACAUGCCGGAGGGAACGCUGGCGCAGCACUUGUUCGAUCAGGAAGGGAGCGGGUAUUGUCCCUUGAAUUGGAAGCAGAGAUUGAAGAUAGCCUUGGAUGUGGCGAAGGCAAUGGAGUAUCUCCAUAAUUUUAUGCAGGGAAGCUUCAUUCAUAGGGAUCUGAAGCCAUCAAACAUUCUACUUGACAAGGAUUUGAGGGGCAAGGUUUCGGAUUUUGGUUUGCUCAAGCUUGCAGGAGACAAUGAGAAGUCGAUGGCCACUCGGAUAGCUGGGACAUUUGGGUAUCUUGCGCCUGAGUAUGCGAUAACCGGAAAGAUCACACGAAAAAUUGACGUCUAUGCCUUUGGUGUGAUACUCUUGGAGCUAAUGACAAGUAGAAAGGUACUCGAUGACACUGUCCCCAUCGAAGACGCCAAUUUAGUGGCCGCCUUUCGCCGAAUCCACCCCAAAGAUCUAUCUAGCUUAGCGAAAUUUGUUGAUUCUUCUCUCUUUACCGACGAAGAAUCUCGCGAAAGCAUUGCCGAUGUUGCAGAGAUUGCUUAUCACUGCACCGCCCGCGAACCCAACAAUAGGCCAGAAAUGGGCAAUGUGGUCGCCAUGUUGUCCCCUGUUGCGGACCAGUGGUCUCCGAGCAAUUACAGCGAUCAUGAUGAUGGCAGCGAGUCGAACAUAAGCCUUAGGAGUAUGGUUCAUAAAUGGCGAGUGAGUGAUGAAUCUUCCUAUAUCGAUAGUUUCGGCACUUACAAGGCAAGCACAAGUACCUUCAAUUAGAUUUAUUGAUAAUAUGGACAUUUACAUACAUACCACAGAAUUCUUUUGUAUUUAUAUAUUUAACACCUAAAUAUUCAUAUUUACAUGCACACCACUCCAGUCUCCAACAUAUUAUCAAAAACACCAACAUCACUAUUUUCUUAAAGGUGAAAUAUACAUUUUCAUGCAUUUGUUUAUUACACCCAAAGUGUUAUAAGCAUAAACAUCAAACCUUGGGUAUUAAAUAUGUAAAUAUAUAAGAAUUGCAUGUUAUGUAUGUAAAUUUUUCUUAUUGAUGGGGGCAUUUACAUACAUAAUAACAAGGUGGUACUGGUGUAAAUAUCAAACUUUGAGCGUUAAAUAUGUAAAUACAUAAGAAUUGUGUG